CUGGACGCAGUAGACGUUGAGCGGCUGGCGCGGGUGCUCGGGGCAGGCCGGGGAGCGGGGACGGCCGUCGCUCUGGUACUUCUCCACGAUGGCCCGCAGGCAGACGUUGACCGGCAGCGCGUCCAGGCCGCUGGUGGGCAGCUCCGCCACGCUCCGGCAGCUGGGGCACUUGAGCGGCAGACGGAGGGGACGCCAGAUGGAGAAGCUGACGGAGGCCUGCAGCACGCUCUCCAGACAGCUCCUGCAGAAGGUGUGCGAGCAGGGCAGCACCCUCGGGUCCGAGAAGAGACCGAAGCACACCGAACACGUCAGGUCCUCCUCCAGAUCAUCCAUCACCGGACACACAGCCGGAGGUCUGCCCUGCCAACACAUGUUGAGAUGGUUUAUAUUCAGAGAGAGUGGAGGAGCUGUCCAUGAAUCAUUCACAAAGAUGAUGGACUCUGACCUUUCAACUGAGAGCCCAGAUGCAUAUGAGAAUGUUUUCUGCAACCCAGUUUUCCAGCUUGAUGAAGAAAAUGAGGAAACCAAAAGACAUUUCAAAAUUGACAUCUACCUUGACCCUACUAAAACUCCAGCUGGAGGUCGCAGUGUGGUCAGUGGCUGUCUGAUGACUGUAAGAGAUCAGCUGGCUGGCCGUGGAGCAAUAAUCGCGUCGGCCGGUGUGGUGUUGAUUGCAGCUGUGCUUUGCCUCAUUCUGCUCCUCGUUCUCAGACACGUUAAGAUGAAUAAAGGAGAGAUUUUCCCUUUAGACUCUCGGUUUGGAGACAGAUCUUCACAGAAUCUUUCUCUGAGUCCGUCUGCCCCUCAUCCCAUGAACACUUCCACACUGCCACCGCCUGGAAAAAAGCCCACCUUCUUUACAACCUGUGGCGGCGUGCUGACGGACUCCUGGGGGACGCUCAGUUCUCCCAAUCACCCCGGCCCGUAUCCUCCGGACUCUCACUGCGUGUGGGUGAUCAGGGUGUCUCCGCCCCUCCUGCAGAUCCACGUGUCUUCUCUGGCUGUCGAGGGACCCUCUCCUUGCUUGUUUGACUGGCUAGAAGUCAGAGAGGAGACAGAGAAGACAUCUGCUGUCACAAGAUUCUGUGGCAGCGUCGCUCCACCUACACUGAACACAAACAGCAGCACCGUGCUGGUGUCCUUUCAUUCUGACGGGAGUAUUGGCGGCAAUGGCUUCACUGCACAGUAUCAUACUAUAUUACCAGGACAGAAGAGCUGUUCCAGAGAAGAGUUCAUGUGUGACGGCGGUCGUUGUUUGCUACCCGUUUCUGUUUGUGACGGCCAGCAAAACUGUCAGGACAGGUCAGAUGAAGCCAACUGCAGCCAGAAACACAAGGAGUGUGGAGGAAAAAUAACAGGAGAGUAUGGAUCGUUGUCCAGUCCAAACCAUCCAAAGCCUUACCCACAUCAACAGUUGUGUACGUGGCAAAUCUCUGUGGAAGACGGACAAGUGAUUAGACUGAGUUUUCAGAACUUGAGUCUGGAAACACAGGAUGUGUGUGAGUUUGACUAUGUGGAGGUCCAUGACGGCGCAGACGCCGAUGCAAACACUGUGUUGGGCAGGUUUUGUGGGCCGGCUCUGCCUCCUGAUCUCACCUCCUCUGGUCCUGUGAUGACUGUGCUGUUUGUGGCAGAUGAAGGUGUUGCAGACAGUGGCUUUUAUGCAUCGUUUAGGGCCGUGUCUCUUUCAGAAAGAACAUGUGCUCCAGCAGAGUUUGCGUGCGGCUCCGGGGAGUGUCUGCACCAGGACUGGCUGUGUGACGGAUGGAGCGACUGCGCAGACGCCGCAGACGAGCACCACUGCAUUAACUCCACCUACCCUCCUUUCACUUCAUCUUGUGAACCCAUCCAGGUUGAAAUGUGCAGAGGUCUGAGCUACAAUCUCACGUCCUUUCCAAACAUCUGGCUGUCUAUUUCUGACCAGAGAGAAGCUGCUUCUAUUCUGCACAAGUACAGGGUGCUGAUGGAGUUUGGCUGUUUCGAGUCUUUCCGGCGGCUGGUGUGUGGUGUGUUUGUUCCUCACUGCAGCGCUCAGAGUGGAGUCCUGCAGCCGUGUCAGUCCGUCUGCUCCAGCGCUGAGCAGCAAUGCAGUCAAACCCUGACCCUGCUCAGUCUGAGCUGGCCCUUCAGCUGCCACCUGCUGCCCGCUUCACACGACCCCACGGACUGCUCCCUGCCAUAGGACACGGCCCUGACCAAAACCACUGCAGUCGACUGGAGACACAGGUGCAACGACUGUACAAUGAAACAAUGUAAAAACGAUUGUUCAAAGUUGUAAAUAAAACAAAGAUUACUGGAAUACAUUUUAAACACAAUUUUUAGUCUUCUGCUAAAAGUGUCAUGUUCAUUUCCGUGUGUUAUCUGCUGUUUCUGAUUACACUUUAUUUCGAUAGUCCACUUUAGACAUUCUACUAACUAUAAGUAACUUUGCAACUACAUGUUAACUAAUUCUCAUUAAUUUGUAACUACAUGUCUACUAACUCUCAGUAGGGUAGGUUUAGGGUUAGUAGAAUAAGUUAUAUAAGACAUAUACUUGCAAAGUUUCUCAUAGUCAGUAUGUUGUAUGUUGUGGACCCAUCAAAAUAAAGUGUUAGAAGAUAUUAAGCAGACAGUCUACUAAUACUCUAAUGACUGCUAGUUGACAUGUAGUUGCAAAGUUACUUACUGUUAGUAGAAUGUCUGAAGUGGACUAUCAAAAUAAAGUGUUACCAGAUAUCUGAGUUACUUUUUCAAAUAAGUCACACCAGUUACUGUGUUUCUCAUGUAUUGACUGACAGCUCUGGUGUUGAGAGAAAUCAGGAGUAAGAACAUGAUCUUACUGUAGUUCUAGACUAAAUAUCAACAUGUAUUUACUCAUCUCACCUGCACUAAACACAUUCAGUGUUCCUCAAAAUCAAUAAAAACAGUCAAUACAAAACAGUGCAAUGAUUAGCCUUUUUCACAAAAAUGGGAAAUGACGUCAGCGCAGGGUAAAGUCGGUUCCGUUACAGGUCUGCACCUAUUAUAUUAGUAUGCCAUUUUCUCAAAUAAUGCUUCUUACCUUUUCUGUUUUGUCUGUUUUCCUAGUUGUUGUUAUAUAAUCUACAAAGAAAUAACAUUUUACUUGUUUGUCACUCAUAUGCCACUCAGACCGCUGACUCGUGAGAUAAUACGCUCAGCAUAGCGCCGCAUGGUUUCUAUUCUUCAUAAAUAGUCUUUGAUCGCCGGUACAUUUGAGCGUAUUAUCUCAGUUUACUCAGUCAUUUCCCUCAAAUCACCACAUCAUGAUUACUUAAAAAUGACAACAUUUAUGUCCAGAUGCACAUUUUUUCCAAGAAUACAUUAAACAAUUCUCAGUCGGGUUGAAGCAUAUUAAACUCAACCCAACAUUAAUCUGAUACAAUAGGAAUAAAGUCAUGAAUCCGAGUCAUCUCUUGUUUAAUAUUUAUUUCCCAGGGCACAUUAUGCAACGUACAUUUAAACCAUCAUGUUAAUAAUGCAAAUGAGAGCAAGUAGAAAAUACAAUAUUACUUUAAUAAUAAUAAUAAUAUUAAAAAUUAAUGUGGAGAGUCAUAAUGCACAGCCAGCACCAAACGGACAGAAUGGCAAAACUAACUGAAUUAUAACUUCCACCAUAUAGAAUUAAACAAACUUGUAUUUGAUGACCCAAGCUGACGCAAAAAGUUAUUUAUGAAAUGUUUGCGCUUUGUAGAGUAAAGUACCGGCAGUUCAAGCAUUUUCAUAAUCUCUAAUUUGUAUGAAAAGACUUUUAUUCUCAAACUCAUUCUUGUUAAGUUGUCACCGGUAAAACUUUUACCCUGCAAGCGCCAAUCCUGAGGCUAGAAACACGAAAGUGUGAAAAAGGCUAAUUAAAUAUGCUAAAAAACACAAAUGUCCUUUAUGUAUUUAAAGGACAUUUAAAGGAGAGUGUUGAACUCUCUUCUCCUGUGUCUUUUUCUUCAUGUAAUCCAGAACAGCAGCACAGCAAGGUUUGUUUGAGCUGCUCUACUGUACAGAUGUGAAUUUACAUUUCCUCAGGCGUAUUUAUUUCACUUUUACAUUUCCCAAAAAUAUCACUUUUUUAUAUUAAAAACAAACAAGCAAGCCCAGCCCAGAUGAGAAAAAGUAACGCAAAAGUAACAUAAUGCAUUACUUUCGAUAAAAAGUAAUGCAAUUAGUUACUUUUUUUAGGGAGUAAUGCAAUACUGUAAUUACUGUAAUUAAAUACUGUUAUGCAUUACUUUUUAAAGAAACUUUCCCCCGCAUUGCUUAUAGUCAGUGGAUUGUCUGUUGGUGGACCAUCAAAAUAAAGAGUUAGCAGAUAUUAAGCAGACAGUCUGCUAAUACUCUAAUGACUGCUAGUUGACACGUAGUUGCCAAUUUACUUAUAGUUAGUUGAAUGUCUAAAGUGGUCUAUCGAAAUCACAGUGGAGAAACGGUCCUCCUGCACUGCCAGAGCUGAUAAGAACAAAUUUACACACAUGGAAAUAAAACACUGAAAUAUUGUGUAAAGUCUCAACCAGGUUAACGGUCUCAAGACUUCUUUACACAAACUGUGAAAAGUUCAGUGCUGUAAUGAUACACCAGAAGGUAUUUAUAUACAGUAUAUAUAUAUAUAUAUAUAUACUGUAUAUAUAUAUAUAUACAGAAUAUUAAUGCUUUCUCUGUUUGUUUGUUCUCAAAGGUUGAAUUUAAUUAAUUAUACCAUUAAACCAAUUUACAGUAUUGUGGUAUUUGGCCCAAGUGUAACUGCAAACUAGUUUCUUCGCCGAUUUGAUGUAUGUUAGUUGCUUUUAUUACAUCUGCACAGAUAUGCAUUUUAUGUGUCAUUGUGAUCAUAUGAAUAAGUGUUGUUGUUUUUUUGUUGUUUUUUUACUGUUCAACAAAAACCAAAGCACUUUGUACCCAUAAUCUGCAUCGUCUCUGUGGGAUUAGUAGAUUCAUAUAGUAUGGAGAAUGUCCUAAAACCUGGAGUGUUUACAGAUUAUAGCUGCUUAAGAUACUGUGUGAUUUCAUUCAA